AUGGUUAAAACUGUGCUAAUCGCAUUGAUUUUAUGGAUUUCUUUAUGUUCUGCGAAAAAGGCUGCACAAAAACCGGAUUGGGCUAAAAAAGAUAUACGAGACUUUUCUGAUGCUGAUAUGGAAAGGCUUCUAGAUCAAUGGGAAGAAGAUGAAGAGCCUCUUCCUGAAGAUGAACUCCCUGAGCACUUAAGAAAACCUCCAGCUUUAGAUCUUACAAAGAUGGAUAUGUCGAACCCUGAGGCAGUUUUACAAGCAACUAAAAAAGGCCAGACUCUGAUGAUGUUUGUGUCUGUGGCCAACAAACCUUCUAGAGCAAGAACAGAAGAAAUUACUAAGAUAUGGCAAACAUCACUUUGGAGCAAUCAUAUUCAAGCAGAAAGGUACUUAAUAGAUGAUGACAGAGCCAUUUUCAUGUUCAAAGAUGGAUCUCAAGCAUGGACUGCUAAAGAAUUUCUAUUAGAACAGGAGGAGCUUAAAGAAGUUCAAUUGGAAAGUCAAACAUACCCAGGAAAGAAACCUGAUAUUAAAAACAAAGCUCUAAGGGAUGAGUUAUAAAAUAACUAUAAUAAAAUAAAUUGUAUGAUUUAUAUGUAUAUUUGUACUAAAGUUUUCCGUAAACAUUCCUGAAGCUGAGAGUAAUAAUCUACCAACAUAAAUGAAAAAAAUCAGAAUAUUCAUUUACAAUACAAACACUUUUAGAAAGAUUUUAUCUUAUAAUAAAAAACCACAAUUAUGUACUAGCUAAUUUAGUACAAUUUGAGAUCUUAUUAGUUUCAUUAAGGUAUGUUGAAAAAGCGGUAUUUUAUUGAUCAAGUUAUUAGGAUGGGCUAACGUCAGGUUAUCUUGUAAAAACGAGCAAAAUUUUCUAUUUUUUUAAAUAAAAGUAAAUGAAAAGA